GGUCUUCACAAUUAUCUCUAUUGGAGAAAAAAAAAAGUUGGAUCUUCACUUAAUUUUUUUUUACAAUCACCACUUAUUAUUACAGCAACACAUCAAUUUUUCGUACCACUAUAUAUACUCUGACUCUGAGAAACAAUGAUUGUGUUUUCGAUCUAAGCACUGUAAAAUCUAAUCUCAAUCUCAACACCAGCUCAAUUUAUCUAAUUACUGAUUCAAUAAUCACGUUGCUCUCAACGUAUAAAAAACCAUCAAUUCUCUGAUUCUAUUUACUCUAUCGAUCUCUCUCUUCUCUUUCUUUUAUUUUUUCCCCAUCCAUGCGAAAUUGGGGAUUAGGGUUUAUCUCAAUACUCAUUGUACAAUUUUGAUUGAUUCAUCUAUGUUAUUUUCCAAUUCUUUUUUAUUUACAAUAAAAUCCGCGCGAUAAUAAUAAUCAUCAAGCGCGAUGCUAUAUUUCUUGUUGUAAAUCUAGUGGAUUAGGGUUAGAAUUAGGGUUUUAGAUUUAGAUUUGUUGUGUUUGAAUUUGAUUUGAUGGAUAUGGAGAGCACGCGUAGAUCGUUGGAUAGAUCGAGAGAACCAGGUGCUAAGAAGCCUCGAUUGAUCGAUGAGCUUCAACAAGGUUCAAAUCCAACUGCACGACCGUUUUCUCAACGACAAGGUGGUGGUUCUGGUGUUGCUUCGAUGUUAUCGGCCGGUAGGUUUCGAAUGAACGAUAGAGAUUCUGAUAGCAGUGACGGUGGUUAUCACCCACAACCACCGCCGCAUCAAGAGCUUGUGACUCAGUAUAAGGCUGCUCUUGCUGAGCUUACUUUCAACUCGAAACCGAUAAUUACCAAUUUGACUAUAAUUGCUGGAGAGAAUCUUUCUGCUGCAAAAUCAAUUGCUGGAGCUGUUUGUGCUAACAUUCUAGAGGUACCAAGUGACCAAAAGCUGCCAUCUCUUUAUCUCUUAGACAGUAUUGUUAAGAAUAUUGGGCGGGAUUACAUAAAAUACUUUGCUGCCAGGCUACCCGAGGUAUACUGCAAUACAUACAGACAGGUUGAGCCUCCUGUCCAUUCAAGUAUGAGGCAUCUUUUUGGAACUUGGAGAGGUGUCUUUCCUCCUCAGACCCUUCAGAUAAUUGAGAAGGAACUAGGCUUCACUCCAGCAGUCAAUGGUUCAGCUUCUGCAUCUGCCACCCUUAGAAGUGAUUCUCAGUCUCAACGUCCAGCUCAUAGCAUUCAUGUGAAUCCCAAAUAUUUAGAAAGGCAGCGUCUUCAGCAGUCCAGCAGGACCAAGGGAGUAUUUAAUGAUAUGACUGGAGUUAUUUCAAACUCAAAUGAGGAACCAGAGAGGCCAGAUAGAGCUUUGGGUGCUGCACGACCAUGGCUGGAUCCUAGGAUUAACAUGCAUAAUAAUCAGCGUACUCAUAGAGAUGCAUUUAAUGAUUCUGUUCCUGAAAAGAGCAUUGGCGGUGCCUACGGAGACACUGAAUAUAAUUCUAGUCUUUCAAAUAAUUUGGGCUCAGGUGUUGGAAGAACUGGAAGUAGGCUCAUUGGCGGUGUUGCAGAGACGUUAUCCGGGCAAAGAAGUGGUUUUGGCCUCAAACAUGGUUUUUCAAAUCACGAAGCACCGAAACCUAUGAAUUUGGAUGCACAUAACAUUAGGAACAGUGUGAUGUCAAGGAACUGGAAAAAUUCAGAGGAAGAGGAGUUUGUGUGGGAUGAGAUGAACUCUGGUGUGCCUGAUCAUGUACCUAAUGUCUCUAGCAACUUGAGCUCAGACCCAUGGAUGGCCGAUGAUGACAAUUUGGAAACUGAAGAUCACCUCCAAAUCACACACCCAAUUGGAAGAAAGGUUGAUAAAGAAAUAUCUACCGUUAAGAAACAACUACCAUCAUCUGGGGGUCAUCCAUCAUUAUCAUGGGAAUUGCAGAAGCAGAUCCCAAGUUCCAAACUGAAUAUGAAGUCAGGUCACUCAGAAAUAUCUGUUUCUGCUCCGAGUGGCUUACCUAAAAGUUCAAAUUCUUUGGCUGUGAAGAUAAAGAAUCAGUCUUCUAUGCUGCAUACAAUAGGAACAGCCAAAAUUAUGGGACAGCAGGAAUUUGAUUCUGAGGGGGCCGAAUCCCCUUCUGAACAGUCACCUUCCCGACAACAGUCUCUAUCAGUGCCAGUAACAACACAUCACCCUCCUUCAAGUCAAUAUAUUAGAGAUCCCGCACCUGCCAUUGGUCCCAAUGUUCAGGUUGGUAACUUUCGAAAAUCCCAAGAAAAGGACAUGCGGGGUCUAUUAUUAUCUUCGGCAACUUCUUAUCAGCCAAAACCUCAGCAACGUCAGCUGGGCCCUUCACAGGCUGAAGUUACUCUUAAAGCUAAGCAGCCACUCAAGUCUAAAGUUUCUUUAGCCAAAGCCAAACCCACAGCCACUUUAGAAAAGUCAACCACAAAGAAUCUUCCAGCUCCAUCUGUGAAGAGUGGAAUCAUCCCGAACAAAUUAAUUACCAAAAGUCUGGAUGCAAGUAAUCGUCCAUCUCAAUCAGGGGUUAAGCCUACUCGGUCAGUUGGUCCUUCCCCUACCACAUUUGUUUCUCCGGGUUCUUCAGCCGUGUCAUUAGGUUCUCCAAAUGAUUAUCCACAGGCUUCGCCAAAACUACCUCAAGGGAAGGCUGGAAAGAAGCAAAAGGAUUCUAAUCAAUCCUCUGCUUCCUCUAAUGAACGUGGCGCAUCAGCUCCUAGCUCAAAUGCCACCAAUAAGAAUACCUUAAAUCCAUUUUCAAAUCUUUUAAGCUCUUUAGUUGCCAAAGGUUUGAUAUCUGCAGGAGCGGAGUCAGCAGCUGUAUUGCCAAGUGAGAUGGUGAUGCGAUCGAAAGACCAAACUGAAAACAUUACUUCCAGUUCCUCUUCGCCAGUUGCUUCAGCUCCUGAUUCUGCAGCCGUCCCGGUAAAAUCUUCCAGAGAUGAGGCAGAUGCUGCUGCAAAAGCCUCACUUGCCUUGUCUCAAUCAACUAGCACAGAAAUUAGAAAUCUCAUUGGCUUUGAUUUCAAACCUGAUGUAAUUCGAGAAAUGCACCCACAUGUAAUCACAGAAUUAUUGGAUGAACUCCCACAUCAUUGCAGUAAUUGUGGUAUUAGGCUUAAACAGCAAGAACAGUUUGAUAGGCACUUGGAAUGGCAUGCUACAAAAGAAAGAGAACAAAAUGGUCCGACUGGAUCAUCAAGAAGAUGGUAUGCAAAAUCAGAUGACUGGAUUGCUGGCAAGGCCGAAUAUCUAUCCGGGUCUGAAUUUACUGAUUCUGCCGAUGAAUAUGAUGAUAAAAUGGGAGACGGCAGUCAAUUGGAUUCUAUGGUUGUAGCAGAUGAAAACCAGUGCUUGUGUGUAUUGUGUGGGGAGCUAUUUGAAGAUGUAUACUGUCAGGAAAGCGACCAGUGGAUGUUCAAGGGGGCUGUUUAUCUGAACAAUUCAGAUAGCGAUAGUGAGAUGGAAAGUAGAAAUUUGGGCCCCAUCAUUCAUGCUAGAUGCUUAUCAGAGAACUCAAUAUCUGGUGUGGCCAAUACAGAACAUGAUUAAUAUGUUACCCCUAUAGCAUUGGAGCUGAGGUAAAGUCAGAGGCUCAUCAAGGGUACGCAGGUUCUCGUUGCGCACUAAAACUAGAUGGCCCUUUCACAUUUAAAAUCAUUGCCCCUAUCUGCUCUCCAAAACAAUCAGACAAAUUUUGUGCCCUUUUUGUUUCUUUUUAUUGUACUAGAGGGAGGAAAGAGAAAUUAAGCAGCAUUCAAAAUAUAUAAACGUGAGAUAGUUUUUUUGCAGCUAAACCUUGUCUUUGAUAUUGUUGAGAUAACUUUAUUUUAUGAUGGUGAUGAAGUGGAUCUUCACAUUUUAACGCA